GCGAGCCGGUGGUUUGGGGUCGCGCAGUCUAAAUCCGCCAAGACGAACGUGAAUAUUCUUCACCAAGAGGAGUUGAUAGCGCAGAAAAAGAGAGAAAUUGAGGCCAGAUUGGAGCAGCAAGCGAGACAGAAUUACCUGAGCAUACAACAGCUACCUCUGUUUGGAGAAGAUGAUGGUACUGACAACGAAGCCUGUGUUUCCAACAAGUUUGUUAAUGAUGGCAGUUUCCUCCAGCAGUUUCUCAAGCUGCAGAAGGAAAAGUCAAGUACUGAACCUCCCCCAAGUUCUACUAAUAACUCGGCAAACACUUCUGCAUCAAAUGUUGGGAAGAAACCUAUGCUGUUUGGGAAGCGCCCCGGUCAGGUCCUGAGCAGCAUGCUGCACCAAGCGAAGAACUACUCCCAUUCCAAACAGACCCCAGUCGUUAACCGCCUCAGUGUGUUUCAGUCACCAGAUGAAGAUGAGGAGGAAGAUUAUGAGCAGUGGUUGGAAAUUAAAGUUUUACCCCCAGAGGAUGCGGAGACCCGACAAGUGGUGGAAAAGCUGGCUAGGUUCGUGGCUGAAGGGGGACCAGAAUUAGAGAAGGUCGCUAUGGAAGACUACAAGGAUAACCCAGCUUUUUCGUUUUUGCAUGAUAAGAACAGCAGAGAAUUCCUUUACUACAGAAAGAAAGUGGCAGAGAUAAGAAAAGAGAAUCAAAGUUCUCAGGCAUCCUCUUCUCGGAAAGUUUCACCCCCAGACGACGAAGAGACAAAGAACUCUGCUGAGAAACUGGCCAGGUUCAUAGCAGACGGGGGUCCCGAGGUGGAAGCUAUUGCCUUGCAGAACAACCGAGAGAACCAUGCUUUCAGGUUUUUAUAUGAGCCAAACAGCAAAGGCUACAAGUAUUACCGGCAGAAACUGGAGGAGUUCCGUAAGGCCAAAACCAGCACUGUGUGUGCCCCCUCGCCUGUAGAGUCCAGUCUGAAAAGGAAGACCAGUCCCGAGGCAUCACCGUCACCUUUGUGCUUACCGUCUUUGCCUUUGCCCUUGCCCUCACCUUUGCCUUUGCCCCUGCCCUUGCCCAUUCCCUCACCUUUGCCCUUGCCCGUUCCCUCGCCUUUGCCCUUGCCCUUGCCUAUUCCCUCACCUUUGCCCUUGCCCGUUCCCUCGCCUUUGCCCUUGCCCGUGCCCUCACCCUUGCCUUCACCUUCACCAUCAUCCUCUACAACUCCACCUGAUCAGACAGCUACAACUACUGCUGCAACCACAACUACAGCUACUGCUACAGGCACUACUAAAAAGAAGCGGAAGAGCAGGUGGGGGCCGGAGGAGGACAAGGUUGAAUUGCCCCUCCCACAGCUUGUCCAACAGUUGGAUUCUCCCUCCCCUCUUUCAGUUCAGGACCUCAAGGGUCUUGGUUAUGAAAAAGGGAAACCGGUUGGUUUGGUGGGUGUGACGGAGCUCUCUGAAGCCCAGAAGAAGCAGCUGAAGGAGCAGCAGGAGAUGCAGCAGAUGUAUGAUAUGAUCAUGAAGCACAAGCGAGCCAUGCAGGAGAUGCAGAUGAUGUGGGAAAAGGCAAUUCAGCAGCACCAGCAUGGCUAUGACAGCGAUGAAGAGGUGGACAGCGAGCUGGGAACGUGGGAGCACCAGCUUCGACGCAUGGAGAUGGACAAGACGCGAGAGUGGGCUGAGCAGCUGACCCAGAUGGGCAGAGGGAAACAUUUCAUCGGAGACUUUCUUCCACCUGACGAGCUGGAGAAAUUCAUGGAGACGUUCAAGGCAUUGAAGGAAGGACGCGAGCCAGAUUAUUCUGAAUACAAAGAGUUCAAACUGACUGUGGAAAACAUAGGUUAUCAAAUGCUAAUGAAGAUGGGCUGGAAGGAAGGCGAGGGACUUGGCUCGGAUGGACAGGGGAUUAAAAACCCAGUCAGCAAGGGAACUACUGCUGUGGAUGGAGCUGGUUUUGGCAUUGAUCGUCCCGCCGAGCUGACCAAGGAGGAUGACGAGUAUGAGGCAUUCCGUAAACGAAUGAUGCUCGCCUACCGCUUCCGACCAAAUCCAUUGAACAAUCCACGACGACCUUACUACUGAGAAUGUUUUUGGGACAAUGUAUUUUCAAAACAAUUGUAAUUUUACUGUGAAAUGUUAUGAAACUGCAUUAUC